UAUGAUAUUGCCAGCACUAUCAGUUAAUCGUUUUUAUUUAUUUAGAUAACUUAAACGGACAGGUUUAAGCCGAUGAAUUGGAAUUGAGCAGUCGAGGGGACGUUCAGGAGGGGCAUAAUAAACCGGUACAAGUGAAAUAUGGCCGAAGGUGGUAUUAGUUUAUCUGCGUUUUUGUGUGAUCUCUGUGAAAACGACCCGGCGCAGUCCUUCUGUCGUACUUGCAGUGGAAAUCUGUGUGAUAAGUGCACUACAGAACAUAAAAGCAGGAAGAUUUUCUACCAUCAUGAUGUUGUCAAAAUGACGUUGACAAGACAACUGGAAAAAGAUGGAUAUGAGUAUUGCAGGGAGCAUCCAGAGAGCAAAAAUGAAUUGUGUUGUCAAGACUGUACCAUGCCGGUGUGUACAAAAUGCAUAGCUGGACUUCACAAUGGCCACAAAAUGACCGAUAUUUCCAGUGCUUACAUUGAGGCUAAAGGCAAAAUAACAUCAAGAGUAGAAAGAAUGGAGACAUCUCACUAUGCAAAGCACAGGGAACAGCUAGAUGAUCUGGACAAUAUUUUAAGUGACAUUAACAAACAGACAAACGACGUUGAACAAGCUGUUUUAAGCCGAUCAAAAGAACUUGCAGACCUUGUUCAUGAAAUUGAGAAAGAUGUCUUACAGAAAAUAUCUAAGGAAAAAGAAGAUGCUAUCAAACUCAUCCUAUCUUAUAAAGAAGAAAUAACAGGACACCUCUCUUCCUUACGAAAACUUCAGAAUAUGAUGUUACAAGAUAGAGACUCAAAAUGUAUGACAGACCUGAUUUUGUACACGAGGAACAAUCUCGAAAUUUCCAGUGAUGAUAAAAAGGUUCUGAAAUUUGAUUUCACACCUUCUGUGCUCGAUGAAACAAAGCAAUUUCCGGAUGAAUUAAGACAUUUGUUUGGCUUGUACCUUCCUUCUACUAUGGUAGUUCAGGGUAGAAAACAAAUCAAGAAGUCAGCAAAAGAAGUAGCAAGAUUUAAAUCUGCGAUUAAGCAGCCAAUUGGUUUAGCUUUUUCUCGAUUAAAUGCUGACCUGACUUGGAUUCGUGGAGGAGAAGCAGAAAUUAAGAAAAUAGACAUACAAGGUAAUGAAAAGGCUACUGUCAAGACUCUCACCAAACUAGGGCGGCCCUCAGGUCUUAUCGAGUUAGACGAUGGAAGCAUCUUUUUCAGUGAUAUUGAAAAUAAAAUGGUAAAAAGGUUAUCCAACGAUUUGCAUGAAGAAGCAACCAUGAGAUUUGAUUGGUAUCCAAUGGGACUGUGCAUCAGUCAAAGCGGUCACAUUCUCGUGUGCGCUGCUUUUCUACCAUGGCAAGCCACAGACGCUAGUGACCGUGGAAAGGUUUUGCGAAUGAGCUACAAGGGAGUAACACUGCAGGAAAUAAUGAAAGACGGUGAAGAAAAACACUUGUAUUGCAGACCUAUUUGUAUUUCUGAAAAUAUCAACCAAGAUAUUUGCGUAUCAGAUUCAAGAAGGCAUUCUGUAGCCGUUGUUGAUAGAACAGGUCUCCUCCGAUUUGUCUAUGAGGGUGGGGGAUUUCAUAAAGACCAAGAAGAAUUUGGACCUGCUGAGCUAGAUACCGACAGUAUCGGAAAUAUUGCAGUGUCUGACCAUACCAAUAAUUUGGUUCAUUUAUUAGACGUCGAUGGAAAUCUUAUAAAAUACUUGCUUACAGCAAAGGAGGAUAUUUUUGGCCCAAGGGGUUUAAAAGUUGACAAAGAAGACAGAUUAUGGAUAACAGAGGGAAAGACUGGUUAUGUAAAAAUAUUCAAAUAUUUGGAGUAGAAUGAAUGCUUUUAUUAGAGGAAUUUCGAUAUCGACUUGUUUCGUUUGUCCACAUCUAAUGAGCUAGAAACAAAUUAACUGGUGCAUUAAGACAAAGUGGUUGAUUGGUUUGAUUUGUAAUUUUUUUAAAUGAAAAGAAAGUGAAUAUCGAGUUUAUAAACAAUGUUUAUAUGAAUGACAAAUUCUCGAGAGGGAAAUUAAACAAGCGAACAAACGAAAACAAUAGAUAAAAAAUUACUGUUAAAAAAACUUAUUACUAUAAGAAAUUUAAUUCUGCAGAGUUUUUGAUCCAACAAAGGGUCUUCCCUUUUCACGCAUGGCAACUUGUAGAUUAAAAGUUCCUGUAUUUAAUUCAAUGAGUUUUUAAAAAAUGUGUUUUAAUAUUCUCACAAAUGGCUUAUUGCAUCCCGGAGGACCGGGCUGCUCUAUACAUAUAAGUUUAAUUGUUGGUAUAUGGGGAUUGAGGUGGGAGAAGUUAUUCAGAAUUAAAGGUUUUCUUAACAUUAAAAAGAUUGUUAAUCAGAAUGUUCUUUCCCUUUAUAAAUUACGAGAUACAUAAUAUAUUUACCUCCGUAAAUUGAAUCUCUAAAAAUUUAUUUGUUUUUCAUUUUUCAUUUAUAAAAUUGUAAUCAACCGACAGAUCCCCUUUUUUAGAACAUCGAAUUUUACUUACCGCAUAAAAACGUACUAUACACAGUUCGUGUUUUAUAUUCUUAAAGUGAAAUACAUUUUUGAAUAUACA